AUGAUGGCUGCAGUUCAGCAGGCAUUUGUUGUCACAGCGCCUGCAGCUCCUGCGCCGGUUCGGCCGAAGAGCCUGAACGGCACGGCUAAUGACCCAAGGAUGGAUCUUGAUGACAAGCCCCACCAUUUCACGCUGGAGAACGGUACUACAUUCGGCAGCGGUCUGCAGAGGGGUGAUACUCGCAUUGUUACCAUCGUCUACGGUCCAGGGCAAGAAAAGAUCCUGUCCGUCUUUGCAGAGGUAUUAGGGCAGCCCUGCAGGCUAGGUGUCAGUUUCUCAAAUGUCACUUUGGCUGAUCAAGGUGCCAUCGUGGGCAUUCUGGCUUCCGAUGCUACGGUCGACCUUGCAGGGCGGGACCGAAAUCUUGUCGUUGCUAUCAACGCACAUUGCGUCAACUUGGGCAUGCCUCCAAACCCCUUUCUCUCGUCACAAUGCGACUAUGAGUUUCUUUACACAGACACACCCUUUUCUCGCCGAGACCUUGCCAGGUUCAUUUCAUUCACACUAGGUCAGAUCAACCACCACGAAACGCUCAUGACGAAGCCCCGGACGUUUAUGAUCUCGACAACAUUUCCCGACGUACGCGCCGCGCUGCCGAACAUCGACAUACUUACCGUUGGGGCUGACGCGGUAGAGCUGAGAGUUGAUCUGCUCAAAGAGCCUCUAGCUGAAGGGGGACACGCUUCAGUUCCGAGCUUAAGCUACGUCGGCGAGCAGGUAAUGUUGUUGCGGCAACGGACGGAGCUUCCUAUCAUCUUCACCACCAGAUGUACAAGGGAGAACGGUCGGUUUCCAAUGGAUAACCCCGACCUGUACUACGAUUACCUAUACAGAGCAAUACAAUGGGGUGUCGAAUAUAUCGACGUUGAGGUGUGGCUACCAGAGAGAAUCAGACAACGAUUAUGGGAAAAGCGAGGAAGCAGCCGGAUUAUGUCUGCGUUUCACGAUUUCUCAGGUACUUUCAAGUGGCCCUCAGCUCAUGCUCAAGACAUUUUUUCCGAGUCGCGACGUUUUGCAGACAUUGUCAAAAUGCAUGCCAUCAUCAACGAUCACAACGAGAACUUUGAGUUGGAGUACUUCCGCGUCAAGAUGAAGUCGGAACAGCCCGGUGCUCCACCUCUGUCCGCCGUCAACAUGGGAGAGGUAGGACAGUUUUCGAGAACACUAAACCGGGUAUUUACCCCCAUAACACACCCGCUUCUGCCCAUAAUAGCUGCACCAGGGCAGAUGAGUGCCGCACAGAUCAACGCUGCCCUAGCUAUGGUUGGGCAACUUCCCAAGAAACACUUUUACGGCAUCAGUGGCCCAUCUUCUCGGGGUGCAACGCCCCAAGCCCCCUUCUAUGAAAAAUGCUUCAACGAACUGGGACUCCCCCAUCAUUUUUCUGUCGUCCAACGCCAGGCACGCGGCAUCGGUGGUGUUGAUACUUGGUGCAAUCAAAAGGACUUUGGUGGCGCUUAUCUCAACCCGGCAAUGUCCCAUCACGAUCUAAUUUCAAAAAGCCAUUUCUUCCAGUCUCUAAACAGCGGAUCCGGCCCCAUUCUGACUGAAGCAGCACUGCGCAUCGGAGUUGUCGAUACCAUUGUUGUCAAACCGGGUCCGGCUUCCCCUGCCUCGAUACCUUCAACACCAAUACAACGAUCAUCUCCCGCACUUAAUGGAAAUGGACAGGGCUUUUACCAACCACCAGCAAGUGGACUACCGGCCGGCACUGCCCUCAUUUUUGACAAUGCCCUGUGGAGAGGCGUUCUCAGCACACUGACACGAGAUCUAGCACCAUCUGCGUACUUUGGCUGCUCCGCUGUUGUAUUGGCGAGCUCUUCAGAAGACGCUGCUAGCGUUAUUUUUGCCCUGAAAGCUCUCAGAGUCGGCAAAGUAUUCACUGUUGGGUUCAAGACACCGCCUGCGCUUGCAACCGAUCUCGAAAUUGAGCCUUUUACAUCACUUGAAAGUCUACAGCGGGCCCGCUCACCGAGUAUGAACACUGCCGGCGGUCCUGCGCUCAACCACAAGAUGGAAUCAGGACAUCAGCAACAACAACUACCACCAUUUGUGGUCGUCAGCGCCCUUAGCGCAGAGAAAGCUAGUAUAGUCGGCAUGGUUGUCCGCCUCUUUGGAUCUCAGGCUGGAAAGACCCCUGUUCCCACUACCGCCAACGGGACGAGCGGGACUCCGGCUGCGCCCCAACGGAGAGUCUUUUUAGAUCUGUCCCAGCCGAGUGGAUUGCGGAGAGGAGCGGACCCUACUUUGAUCGCGGAGCAAAACGGCUUUGCGGCAUAUGGCUUGGCAGAUACCGCUGCUUUUGCGACUGUCGAGACGCUACGGCUUUUGGUCGGCCAGAACGUGCCAUAUAGCUUUGUGAGACUGGCUAGUGGAAGGCCGUACUGA